GGCUCCUGUGGCCGCGGCUUCCAGCUCCCCAGGAGCCUGGGCGAGUGAGGACCUACAAAGUUUGUCCGCUCCGGGGCGCCAUACGGACGGGCUCUGGUCCCGGCCGGCCGGGCUGGGCCGGUUUGAGCCUAGGAGACCCUGAUGGCCGCAGUGUUCCUGGUAACGCUCUAUGAAUACUCGCCGCUCUUCUACAUCGCGGUGGUUUUCACCUGCUUCAUCGUCACCACCGGCCUGGUACUAGGAUGGUUUGGUUGGGAUGUUCCGGUAAUUCUGAGAAAUUCAGAAGAGACCCAGUUCAGCACAAGAGCUUUCAAGAAACAAAUGAGACAAGUCAAGAACCCUUUUGGCUUAGAGAUCACUAACUCGUCCUCAGCUUCACUAGCAGCUGGCAUGACCUUGACAACAGAUUGCCUUGAAGAUAGUCGUCUUACAUGUUUCUGGGGGUGCAGUGUCCAAAAGCUGUAUGAAGCUCUUCAGAAGCAUGUUUAUUGCUUCAGGAUAAACACUCCGCAAGCAUUAGAAGAGGCACUGUACAGUGACUAUCUCCACCGAGAACAGUAUUUCAUUAAAAAGCACAGCAAAGAAGAAAUAUAUUGCCAAUUACCGAGAGAUACUGAAAUUGAAGACUUUGGUCCAGUGCCCAGAUCUCGCUAUCCAUUGGUAGCUCUGUUGACCCUCGCUGAUGAGGAUGAUCGGGAAAUUUAUGAUAUUAUUUCCAUGGUGUCGGUAAUUCAUAUUCCUGAUAAGACUUACAAGCUUCCCUGCAGAAUAUUGUAUCAAUAUUUACUCCUGGCUCAAGGUCAAUUUUAUGAUCUUAAGCAACUUUUCAUGUCUGCAAAUAGUAGUCCCAGUCCCUCCAGCAACCCGUCUCCUGCAGACAGGAAUGCCGAGCAGAGCUUGUUGGAGAAGGCAGGACUGGCUGGGAGUGAAACAGAGCCGGUGGAGGAGAGCAGCAAGGACUGUGUGGUGUGUCAGAACGGGGGCGUGAACUGGGUGCUCCUGCCUUGCCGACACACGUGCCUGUGCGACAGCUGUGUGUGUUACUUCAAGCAAUGUCCCAUGUGCCGGCAGUUUGUGCAGGAAUCCUUUGCACUUUGCAGUCAGAAAGAGCCAGACAAGGACAUGCUGGAAACCUCCUGAAGCUGUCACAAGCUGUCAAGCUGAGAGUGUACUGUCUAUGCAAGGUGCAGAACCUUGUGUCCUUAGGAUCAUAACACAGAAUCUACAGUUGUGACUGUCAGAAGGAAUUCUAUUUUCAUGUCAUACUUGUACUUGGAUGAUGCAAAGAUGUUCUUCCUGCUCAGCAUGGCGAGCACUGGAGUACUACUGUCUUCAUUGAUACCUAAAACUCACUCAGCUCUUGAGAAGAAUGUAAACAUCUGCCUUUGGCCAGCUGGAAGAUUUCAUGUAAUGUGGGUGAGAAAAGUCACUCAGAAAAUCCAUCCACUUGACAGUGCAGGAGAUCCAAGUUUCAGGGUGGGUGACUGCUUUUCCAUUGAUGUAAUCUGGAGUGAAAUUACAAGACUGAAUUCUGCUGAAAGUAAUUAAAUGUCUCCCAGUUUACAAAGUAGUUGGAAGGGGCUUUUUACCUUCCACUGCCUCUGAAAUUUGUGGUAAUUAGUGUGAAGACCUUGGUGAGGUAAUCAAGUAAAACAGUGUAGAUGGCCGUGUUACAGCUCCUACUUCCUUUUUCCUCUUUCUUUCUCUCUCUCUCUUUCUCUCUCUUUUUCUUUCUUUCUUUUUCUCUGUCUUUCUUUUUUUAUUUUUAUUUAUUUAUUUAUUUAUUUAUUUGAGACAAGGUUUUUCUGUGUGAUCCUGGCUGGCCUCAAACUCACUCGUAGACUAGACUGGCCUCAAACUCACAAGAUUCACCUGCCUCUGCCUGUGGAGUGCUGGGAUUAAAGGUGAGCACCACGGUGUCCGUUGACAACUUCUUAGAAUGCUGCUGCUGCCGCCGCUGCUGCUUAGGAAGUGUUGACUUUACAAUGUAGCAGAAGGGAUGGACAUUCAUAGAAGCCUUUAAAUGUUAGGUUGUCUAUUUCCCUGGGUGAGGGACCUGCAGCCUGACCUGUGGCAGGGAACAGCAUCUGCACGAGACGCAGCUCCCCACCACAUAGUCGAGAGUGCAAACAGUGGGUGCUCUGUGCUGUUCAGUGAGGGUGUCGACCGGAGUGAGGUGUGUUCCAUGCAUGGUCUGUGUGCAGAGUUUCCAGCUUCCCUUUUGUUAUCAAGACGAACUCGAAUGGAGCAUUGUGGGCGGUAACCUUGUAUUAUUACUCUAUUUUUCAUAACUUCGUUGUAGUAAAAUAUAUGUUACAUAAAGUGUACUAUUUUAAGCAUUUGAAAUGUAAAAUUCAAUGGCGUUAAGUAUAUUUACAGACUCCUAGAGGCUUCUGUCAGAAUUCGCCAUGAACAAUGUCACUGUGUGAAAACAUUUGUGGGAAAGCAGUUGGUUUGAGUGCAUUAUUAGAGAAAACAUUUGGUCCUAUGAUUCUGUAAAAACCCCACCUAGGGCUAUAUGUAAGCAGUGUCACGGGUGACAGCCACUUCCUCCCUCAGUGACUCCACUGCUCUCAACCUGGUGCCUAUUGAGAGUUCAAAUGUCUAAAGAAACUCCAGGGAAGGAAGGUAACUGUCUGAAGCGCUGCAUACAAGCCUUUGGAUUCUCCCCGUGGGGUUGGCCAGUUUUCUUAACACUUUCUAUUAGUUGAGAAGAGCUUUGAUGAAGCUUGUGACCUUGAAGCUGGUUUGGGCAAGGUGGGAGGAAAUGAUGUCAGCCUCCUGCACUCAUAGGAACUCAGGCUGAGCUCUGCCCCUCUCUCAAGAGCAUCCUAAAUCUGUUUUCUAGGUCCUGAACAUAGCCUUUCCCAGUGAUCAGUCUCUGUCUUUCGAUGCUUUCUUUAGUGUUUCCAUCUCGAAACUUUGUCACCGUGGCCUCUAUCUCUCAGGUCCCUGAGUAAUCUCAUAAUUCAUUAACUUGCUCCCAGGUUCCCUGUCCAACUAUUUCAAAUGUAUUUUCAUUUUUUCUUGUGUUCCUGACCUCUCCACAUUUCCUGUCCUCCAGUCCACAAACUUGGCUAAACUCAACUCUGGUUGGUGUGUGUGUGUGUGUGUGUGUGUGUGUGUGUGUGUGUGUGUGUGUGUGUGUGAAACAGGGUUUCACUGUGUAGCCCCUGCCUACCCUAGACUGGAAGUACCCCCUCCCUCGUCUUCACUUCCUGAGUGCCGUAGGUGUGCGCCGCCAUGCUUGGCUUUAGCUGUGUGACUGCAGUAGAAAGUCAAGGGCCUGAUGGGUUGCUGGAGUCCACUGUGAAGCCACCUUUCCCGGUGUAUCUGGGCCCUCAGCACUACUCCACAAAUCCCUACCAAACUCCCCAUCGCUUCCCAAACCUCGGCUGCUUUUCUCAGCAGCUGUGUCCCACACAGCUCCGACACCUCCAGCUCUCAGAGUUGGGGUCCAGUUCUGCUGUCAAAUUGAUUGCCUUGGACAGAUUACUCGGCUUCAGUUUCCUCCCGGACAAAAUGAUGCUAGAUCUAUCCACAGGCUGUUGAGCGGCCUAUGCCGGGUAGCAAGUGUGAACUGUGUAGACCUAGUCAUAGUGCCGAGCAAGCUCUGUGAGCCGGACGUCUAUUGCUUCGCUUAGCUAAUCAAAGCGUGUAGACGUCCUCUUCUUCCCCCAGACAACAGAGCAUUCUAUCUCCUUUGAGGUUGACAUUCAGCUUGCACUCUUGAUCUCAACUGUGCUUGCUCCUGAAGUCUCAGAGACAGUUUGCCGUGUGUGGACAUUGGCGAUAUAAGCAAUGAGUGUGGUAGAUGAAAGGCCUGCCUUUGUAGCCUACACUAGUAGAGAGAGGCCAGUCAGAAGAGGCUGUAGCGCACCAGAUGGAGACAGUGCUGUGGAGAAGCUGAAAGUGGACCUAUGUGGGUAGGCCAAGUGGAGGGUGGGGGUGGGGUCAAAAUGUCAAAUGCACAGUUGAGGAAGGUCUCUUUGGCCCUUUCAGAAGGUACCUGAGGGUGACUUGGAGCCAUGUGAUAAUGUAGGUAAGAGGCCAUAGUGGUGACCAUGUAAUUACUGAGAUGGAGACAACUGGAAGAAACAGGUUUGGAGGGAAAGAAUGUUGGUUCUGUUUAGUCACACCCACCAAUUGGAAAUCUAAGUGGAGAUGUCAGAUACACAGGUAAAUAUACUUAGUGCUCUAUAGCGUGCAGAGGGGUGGUCCAUCUGAUUACAGAAAAUUAGGGUCAUUGGCAUGGUGUUUGAAGCUAUACAGCUUCAGGGAGGGCGCACAGGAAAAGACUGACCUGGGGACUGAGGUGUUGGAGAUCCUAAUAUUCAGGGAGAUUAGGGAGGAGCCACUAGAUUAAGAAAGUGGAGAGAGGGAAACAUGGCAGGGUCCAUGGUUAUCUGUUAGUGCUUAACCGGUUUUCCCCAGACUGAAUGCUAUCAGAACCAUCAUUGUAUCGUUCUCACAGGUUCUGUGGCGGGGAUUAGACAAGAGUGUUGUGCAGAUUGCCUUGCUUGGGGCAUCUUUGGAAAAGACUUGAGAGACCAGGGUGAUUUAAAGGCCCAGAGGCUCCAGCCUUGGCCUGUGGUGACUCAGACACAGUGUGGCCUCUUCAUGCAACCCUGGUGGCUUCAGGGAAAGCAGAUCUCUAAACGGGGCCCAGGGCUCGGAGAACAAGUGUUUGCAGUGAUUGUGCCCAAAGUUGUGUGACCCUUUCCUGUUUGUGCCUUAAAAUUAUGGAGAUCUGAGCACCUCCCCCCCACACACACUAUUUAAAGUAUAAUAGUAGCUUUCUAAUGCUCGUGAGGUUGUACAUCCAUUUACCCUCAAUUUCAGAACAUUUUUCAUUACUUCAUAAAGGAACCCCUGUAUCUGUCGGGCCAGUCCCCAUUCCUCCACCUUCUAGCUCUAGGCAAGCAUCAGUCUGCUUUCCAUCUCUAUACGACUGUUUCAGUCGUUUCAUGAAUGGAGUCACGUGGGGUCAAAUGAAAUGGUACCAUUAGUGGUCUCUUAUGACUACUGGCUUCUAGUUUACUUAUCACCAUCUUUUCUUUCUUUCUUCCUUCCUUCCUUUCUUUCUUUCUUUCUUUCUUUCUUUCUUUCUUUCUUUCUUCCUUUUUGUUUUGUUUUUUUGGGUUUUUUGAGGCAAGAUUUCUCUGUGUAGCUUUGUGUCUGUCCUGGAAUUCACUCUGUAGACCAGGCUGGCCUCGAACUCACCGAGAUCCGCCUGGCUCUGCCUCCCGAGUGCUAGGAUUAAAGGUGUGUGCCACCACCACCCGGCUCUCACCAUGUUUUCAAGGUUCAUCCACAUCAUAGCACAAAUUACUCCUUUUCAUUGCCAAAGCAUAUUCCAUUCUAUAGAUAGGCCACAUUGUGUUCGUCCACUCACCAGUGGAUGAGCAGAUGGCUUCUUCUACCUUUCAUAUGUUGAGAGUAAUGCUGCUGUGAGUAUUCAUACACAUUUUUAUGUGUAUAGACAUUUAGAUUCUCUUAGAUAUCUACCGUAAGGAAGGAAAAACUACCCUUUUAGGUUUAGUGUUUAGGGUCUAAAUGAAACACAAAUGACAGAUUAAUAGGAAAGAAGACAUUUUAUUUGUAUACAUAUUGGAGUUCACAAAGAAAUGUGACCCAGAGCUGGAGAGAUGGCUCAGCAGUUAAGAGCACUGCUCUUCCAGAGGACCUGGGUUUAAUUCCCAGCACCCACAUGGUAGCUCACAACCACCUGUAACUCCAGUGUCAAGGGAUUCUAUGUCCUCUUGUGACCUCUGAGAGCACUGUACACACACACCUGGCACACAGACAUACAGGCAGGAAAAACACCCGUACACAUAAAAUAAAAUGAAAAAGAAAGGAGUGGUUAAGAAGUUGGGGCCUGCCGGGCGGUGGUGGCGCACGCCUUUAAUCCCAGCACUCGGGAGGCAGAGGCAGGCGGAUCUCUGUGAGUUCGAGGCCAGCCUGGUCUACUAAGCGAGAUCCAGGAAAGGCGCAAAGCUACGCAGAGAAGCCCUGUCUCGGAAAAACUAAAAAAAAAAAAAAAAGAAGUUGGGGCCAUGGGGCUGAAAAGAUGCUGCUCUUACAGAGGACCUGAGUCUGGUUCCCAGCACCCACAUUCACAGCUCACAAGCACCUGUGACUCCAUCUGCAGUCGGCCUGACACUCCAGGGGAGCCUCCCCUCAUGUGCGCACACCUGCACACAGACACAGACACAGAACUACAGUUAUCAAAGGAAUCAAUCUGGGGUCUAAUAAGUGAAGGGGUCAUGGAGAAGGAUGCUUAUAGGAAAAUGACUUUCUCGCUUUGAGACAAGAACUCGUGUAGCCCAGGCUGGCCUUGAACAGCUGAUCUGCUCCCACCUCUCCAGGAUUAUCUGUGUUUAGGGAAAUGACUGUCAGGGCAAAUGCACCCCAGUUGGGAAAUGUGAGAAGUUGGUGGUUGUUGUUUGUUUAUUUUGUUUUGUUUUUAAACUGUCUGUCCAGGCAUGGUACCGGAGACUUUGCACUUCCGGUGAUAAGCCAGCCCUCCUUGAGAUGGGAGGGAAUUUAUGGCAAUUGAGUUCUUUUAGGAGACUCUGCUUUUAUGCAGGUAAGAAUGUCCAGAAACUCAUGAUUUCUCUCUAAGUACUUUUUACACCACCUGGCCAGCACACCUCAAUAGUGGACCUGCCGGUCACAUGGUAAUGUGCAAAACCUUGUGAGGGAUGUCUCAGCAACUUCUUGGCAAAGCCAUUGAGACACUUCACACAGUAGUGUAUGGGGUGUGUGUGUGUGUGUGUGUGUGUGUGUGUGUGUGUGUGUGUUUCUCUACAUCCUCACCAAUAUUUGUUAUCAUUUCAGACUAGUAUUAUUUUAACAGGUUUAAGUGCUAUAAUUGUAUUGUUUUAAAACGCUAGUGAAAACAAUGUGUAACAAAAUCCACCGCUAUAACUACUUGUAGUGUGACAUAGAUUCACACUCACAGCAGCAGAUCUCCAGGACAGUUUUCAUCUCCAGAAACUGAAAAUCUAUGCCUGUAAAAUCCCUCCUACAGCCAGCUCCCAACAACCACCAUUCUGUAUACCUAUGAACUCACUCCUCUACACACAGCUCUGGAAAACCACCACGCUGAAACACAGGUGUGACUUUCUCUCGCUCUCUCUUUUUUUCUGGCACUUCUUUCUUUCUUCCUUUCUUUUUUUAAUGUAUUUUUAUGUAUAUGAGUGCCCUAUUUGCAUGAAUGCUUACAUGCCAGAAGAGGACAUCAGCUCUUAUUACAGAUGGUUGUGAGCCACCAUGUGGCUGCUGGGAAUUGAACUCAGGACCUCUGGAAAAGCAGUCAGUGCUCUUAACCACUGAGCCAUCUCUCCAGCAUCCAGGCGUGUCUCUCUUAUUUGCAUUUCUCUAAUGAGUGGAUAUUGAGUAUCUUUUCUUGUAUUUUUCAGCCAUGUAUAUUAAGACUUUAAGAAAAAAUUAUUUUAUUAUUAUUGUGUAUGUGUGUAUAUGUGUGAGUGAGUACAUGUAUGCUUGGCACAUGUGUGGCGGCCAGAGGACAGCUUUAGGGAAUUGGUUUGCCUUCCAUUGUGGGUUCUGAGAUCACACUCCUGUGGCAAGCACUUUUGCCUGCUGAGGCAUCUCAUUGGCCCUAUCCACAGCUUUCACUGAUUUUUAAAAUUGUGCCAUUUGACUUUUUGUUAUUGAGUUGUAAGAAAUCUUUAUCAUUUCUGGCUUCAAGUCCCUCGUAGGCUAUUCGAAUUAUAAUGUUUCCUCUCCCAGUCUGAGUUCUUUUCUUCUCACUUUCUUAAUGAUGCCUUUUGAAACAUGGUUUUAUAGUUUUUGGCAUACAGUUUUUUAGUUUGUAAAAAUUUGUUGCUAAACACUUUAUUCUUUUUGGUGCUACUACAAAUGGAAAUGUUUUCUUUUGUUCCUAUUUUCUUUCUACCUUAUGUCCCUGUCUCCCUCCCUCUCCCUCCCUACAUUUGUGUGUGUGUGUGUGUGGUUGUUGUAUGUGUGUUCAUGUUUUUGUGUGUGUACCUGUAUAUGUGCAGAGGUGUGGAGGCCAAAGGUGGACCUUGGUGUUUUCCAAUUACUCUCCACCUUAUUUUUUUGAGAUAAGGCCUUAUUGAAUCUGCCAUUGGAAUAGGGGCUGCCAUUUUGGCUAGACUGCCUGGCCAGGGGACCUCAAGGAUCCAUCUAUCUUUGCCCACACAACCCUAUGCUGUGGUUCCAGAUGUGGGCUGCUGUGCUUAGCUGAUGUGGGUGCUGGGGAUCCAAACUCAGUUUCUCAUGCUCUCACAGAAAACAUUUGAUCCACUGAGCCACCUCCCAGGCCUGAGUUAUUUUCUUUAUGGCAUUUUGCGAUUGUUCAUUGCCAGUGAAUGGAAAUGCCAUUCAUUUUGUGCUGAUAGCAUGCCCUUCUGGACUGCUGAACUGUUUCAUGGUUCUAAUAGCUGUCUAGAGGAUGUUUACUCCUGUCUGGAUACAAGCUCGUCUCAACGUGAAAGAGAUAAUGUCACUUCCUUUCCAAUAUGGAUGAGUUUUCUUCCCUUCCUUCCUCCUUUACUCCCUCCUUCCCUUUCCUUCUUCCUAAUUUCUCUAGCUAGAGUUCCCAAAACAAUGUCCAGUAAAAGUGAGCAGAGUGGACAGCUUCCCUUGUGCCUAGUGUUUUAUAACCCAGCUUGGAUGUCAUAUGGUAUUGCACCCUUCUAGUCAAAGCCCACCCAGGUUCAAAAGAAAAGAUUCCUCUUCAUGGAAAAGAAUAUUAAACAAUUUAAAUAAUUUUCAAUUACAAUUUUUAAAGCCAUCACCAAUUAGCUUCCUAGAUACUAAGAGCAAAAUCAGCGAGGAGAGAGUGACAGAUGUCAAUCAAAUGUUGCUGCUAUUUUUCAUGAGAUCUGGCCAUUGGAUUUAGCAGUGCGGAGGUCAUUUGUGGUCUGUUCUUGAGGUGUGAUGAAAACCUGUUCAGGAUGAAGGCUGGAAUAUGAGAGGGAUAAAAUGGAGAUAGCAAAUAUAACCAAUCCUUUAGAGGAUUUUGUUAUGGUAAAAGUAGGGAGACGGUGGGAUUACUGGGGUUUAAUUCAUGAUGGGAGCAAACAGCAUCACGGGCGAACGCUGGUGUGAUGGCCAGGCAGAGGAAGGCAUAUGUGCCGUGGGGCUGAUAGGAACAAUAGCUGGCAGGCAGCCCUGGAGAAGCAAAUACAUAUGUGUGCCUCUUCUCUGGCAUCUCCAACCUGCCUUAUUUCCUCCAACCUUAUUUAGCUUUAAAUGUUACCAGUUCUAAAGAGACAAACCACCCCCAACCUAUUUCUCAUUCAGACCUCCAACUCCUUUUUAACUUCUGUCCGUUUUCUGUUUUCCUUAGUGUUAAACAUCUGGAGAAGGUAUUUGACUCCAGUGAUUUCAACGUGGGGACUUAUCUAAAUCACAAAACAGACCCUGGACACACUGACUCACAAGUUCCCUCGCCAGUCAUUACUGCCUCCCAAGUCUAAAAUCACAGUCAUUCUUGUUGUCUUCCAGUCACUGUUUGAUCUGUCUCUGUACACCGGGUUGGGGUAGUGUGUGUGCAGAGAGCUCCCAGUUAGCCCAUCCUGUGGUCUUUUCCUUUCCUCGUGCUCUACGGCCCCUCUGAAGGGUGCUGUGUGCACCUGUUUUCUCCUCCCAGAGACUCACGGUCUUCAGUUUGAGUCAUCACCGUCCGUUGACUUUUAGUGUCGCUGGAGAACUACUUCUGAGGAAGAGAUAGCAAUGUAGACCUUCAUAACCAUCCUUCUUAAAAUUCCAACUCACUAGCUCUAGAAUUGUAACCGAUCCUCUUUAUGCUAGCUUAAGAGACUUAGGUGAUUCUAGUACCAUAGCAUGGGAUGCUUUGUUAACUGGCUCUCUGCUCAGGCAUCAUGCUGAAUGGAAGUGCAUAGGAGUAGACCUCCUCUUCCAGUGCCUGGCCUUGGGGUGCUUGGUAUUUUAUAGCCAAGGUUAAAUGUCACAUAGCAUUGUUCCCAUGGUACCUCACCAGUCAGUGUCUCCUGGUUGAACACCAUUGCUAUGGUAUGGGGAGCCUGCAAGAGCAGACUGCUGUUCUUAGAGAGUGCACUGUGCAAAGUGUAACAGUUUCCUGUAAAAGUCUGCCUCCCAUCUUCCCUUCCUCAGCCUGUGACGCACUAUUUUCCCAACUAUCUAAAAUCCCCCAAUUCCACUCCUGCCCACUCAUUGCUUCCAUGACAUCUGAUACAUUCAUAAAUCUUGAUUCUACACCAUUUUACUAAUUCUAGUGUCUGUCUCCUUCCUGUACAUUCUAUACCUUGUUGUGUACCACACCUUUCUCAACCACACUGCUCUUUUAAGUCCCCCCAGAGCCUCAGGAACCUCUUCCCUCCUGCAGCUGGUUCCUCUUGCCACUGUGCUAAUGAUCUCCAUGUAUCUUCAGAGCAGAACUUUCUCCUGAUCCCUACACUUAGAUCUCCAUGCUCUGUCUCACUGGCUCCUCAACCUCAACAUGUCCAGAGCUAAGCUUCUCUUCUAUGUACCCUGUUUUUCUUCCAGGGUCACUCAUCUUAGUGAAUAAUAGCAUCUACAACCUCAUCCCCAAGCCAGAAAUAUGCCACCAUUUUGCACCCCCUCUUCUACAUACUCCUAUCGCCCCCUGCAGGCUAGCAGCCCAACAGCUAAAUGACUUUUCGGUAAAUAAAUAAAUAAAUAAACAAUAAUCAUUAUUGCCCCUGUGGCCUCUCUCUUGUCCCAACAUAACUUCAUUUCCCACACUUAACCAGGAAUGCCUUUAUUUAAUUAAUUUUUUUGUUACUUUUAUGUGUACCAAUGUGUGUGUGUGUGUGUGUGUGUGUGUAUGUGUGUAAGCAUGUGUGCAUGUGAAUUUUGGUGGUCUUGGGGGCCAGAGGUAUCAUAUGCCCUGGAGCUGGAUUACAGGCAGUUGUGGGCCACUGGCCAUUGGUGCUGAGAACCAAACUCGGGGUUUGUAUAGGAAUAGUACACUUUCUAAACUGCUGAGCCAUCUCUGCAGCCCAUUUUAUUUAUUUAUUUAUAUAUUUAUUUAUUUAUUUAUGGUUUUUCAAGACAGGGUUUCUCUGUGUGGCUUUAUGCCUUUCCUGGAUCUUGCUCUGUAGACCAGGCUGGCCUCGAACUCACACGCCUGCCUCUGCCUCCCAAGUGCUGGGAUUAAAGGCAUGCGCCACCACUGCCUGGCCCAUUUUUAUUUUUUAAAGCUACUUUUUGUUUUGUUUGAUUUCGUUUUUCGAGACAAGGUCUCUCUGUGUGGCCCUGGCUGUCCUGGAUCUCGCUUUGUAGACCAGGCUGGCCUCAGACUUACAGAGAUCCUCCUGCCUCUGCCUCCACGCUGGUAUUAAAGGCGUGUGCCACGACACCUGGUUUUAAAACUACUUUUGAUUUAAAUCUUUCAAUGGCCUCUUUUUACCAUGAGGGAAACCUUCCAAAUUGUCCUUUUCUUGAUUCUUGCCUUAGAUGACCCCUGCAGGCUUCUUCCCUGUGUUUACUCCUUCACACAAUGCACUCCAGCUAGUCCAGACUAUUUCCAUGUCCCAGAACUUAGAAUGACCCAUGUAUAUUGUUCCUUCUUCCCGGCCAUCACUUUCAUCAUCUCUCAUGUCUGGCUCCUGUCACUUCUGGAAUGCUUUGCCUCAUGCCCAGAGCAGGUCCCUCUUCCUUCUCACCUAAGAUGCCCUGCUUACGCUCAUCCUUGCACUUAGCAUCUUAUGUCUUGUUGGCUUGUUCCUGGCUCUGUGUCCUAACACACUAGAACUGCUUAGGACAGGAUCUGGCUUGGUGACCUGUGUUCUCACUGCUUUGCACAGAGCUUACCGUUUAACAAAUAUCUGCUGAAUGAUGAAGUGAAUCUUAAGAAGGAACCUUAGGAAUUUCUGCACUAAUUUUUAAUUGAGUAAUAUGACUUUAUUCGCACCUCUUAUUAGAGGUGGCUCAGGGUGCUGGCAUUAGGGAGAGAAUUAGAGUUCAUGGUUAUUUUUAUCUACACAGGACACUGAAUUUUACUAAUUCCAAGCUGGUCAUGGACCAUUACUUAUAAAUGAAUGUAAAAAUUGGCAGAAGAGUUUAGCAUUUGAAGUGGGAGUUGGAGGCAGGAAAACCAAGAUCAAGACAGUAUCACAGUAACUCAGAUGAGAAGAUUAAGGGCCUAAACGUUUCAUUGUUGCCCCGGUGAUGAGUUCUAAUUUAUGAGUUGCCUCAUUUAAGGAUAAUUAAUUUAAAGACACUGUGUGCAUCUGGCUUGGCAGAGGGAGUGACUGUGUUGGGAGCACAUAUCCACUGCUUUGGCAUGGAUAUGGUUUGAGUAGUUCCCAGUGUUUCAUGUGUUCAAAUUUAAGCCCUCAAAGGAAGGAUUUAAAUGGGCAGAAACUUAAUCCAAAUGUGGUAUUUACAGAUGGAACCUUUGAAUAUGACUAGAGAAAGUAAUCAAGAUAAAUCCCUAGUGAUUGAACUGUGGUGGUCUUCUAGAAAAGUUAGGGAAGAAAGAUCAGAGGAUGGACACACACACACACACACACACACACACACACGCACACACUCCCAGGUUUGCACCGUAUGAUGUAUGUGAUGCCUGGAGACUCUUUCAGAAAAGCUAUCAUCAAAUGUGAGCACUCAGAACUUUAGAAUUUUUGUGCUAAAAUAUCUGUUUUUUUUAAGGUUACCUAACCUUAGAUAUUUCAUUAUAGUAACAGCAUCAAUUUAAAAAAUGGAUUGCUACAUCUACUUUUCCCAAUUGAUUGUUGGCCCUGUGGAUUAGGCUCUAGCUUACUUGUGUCUAUAUUUUAUAGAAUGUUACUCAGUUAUUCGAUAAUCCAUCUCUUCAUUCAUUCAUUCAUUCAUUCAUUCAUUCAUCAAAUCAUUAGAUGGUGUGCUUUGACCUAUCUGCUGUUCUGGAAGAGGACAAGAUAGCAGAGGUCUUUGCCUUUGUGGCACCCACUUAUGUGGACAGGACGUAAAGGAGUUAAACAUCUGAAAGCGGGCUGGUCCAUACAGUCAUCUAAUUAAACAGCAAGAGAAAAACAAAGAUGAUACAGUUUUGCGUUACAUAUUAUGAAAGGGCAGUGGGGGGUAAUUGGAGUUCAAGUGGUAAUAGGGAGGCCUCUCUGAACUCUCUUGAGUUCUAGCACUUAAAAGACAACAGCCUUAAUAAGAGCUGUGCCCAGCAAUUUGCACAAAGGACCGACAACUUGAAGUCCCAAGGUGAGAAAGAACUGUACAGUGUUAAGAACAGAGAAGAAGCUGUGUGACUGAAACCAAAAGAGCAAGAAAGAGUGUAUGAGUGUGUGUAUGUGUGUGUGUAUGUGUGAGUGUAUGUGUGUGUAUAUAUAUAUAUAUAUAUAUAUAUAUAUAUAUAUAUAUAUAUAUAUAAAUAUAUAUGUGUAUGUGUGUGAGUGUGUGUAUGUGUGUGAGUGUGUGCAUGUGUAUGUAUGUGUGUGUGAGUGUGUGUGUCAGUGGUGGAGGUGGGGGUCCACAGGCAGGCCCUGAGCAUGGGCAGGUGUGAGCAGCCAGGGUCUUCUCUACAGCAGGAAGAUGGGAGAGUGAGCUCAGGGAGAUGACAUGCUUGAGUUAGACUUCCUAAGCCUGAGGGAGGAGGAUAUUUGGGGAGGAGAAGAGAAGUAAAUCAAGAGUUCAGUCUUAGCCGGGUGGUGGUGGUGCACGCCUUUAAUCCCAGCACUCGGGAGGCAGAGGCAGGAGAAUCCCUGUGAGUUUGAGGCCAGCCUGGUCUACAGAGCAAGUUCCAGAACAGCCAGGGCUACACAGAGAAACCCUGUCUUGAAAAACAGAACAAAAGAGCUCAAUGUUAGACAUUUUACACGUGAGAUGUAAUGUUAAGCCCAUCUUGUUUGUUUUGUUGAAUGUGUUGACACUCCAGGCACUUAAUCUAACUGUCUUACAGAAAUUCUGCAAAAAUAUAUCAUGUACAGGACUGGGUCAGGUUUCAGGAGGAAGACUGGAAAUCGGAUGUUUUCUAAGCAUUAAAGGCUCUGCGCUGUGCCAGCAA